UGCUGUAACCGCCGUGAACAGUAUAUCUCCCCAUGGGCUAACUCUGCGUAGCUAGGACCGGGUUUCGACGGCUAAAGUAUGUCAUCGGGCUAUGAUACCCUGAUGGACAUUUUUUGCAUAACCGGGGGUGGGUUAGGCUGGGCUGGACCUUGAUGAGCAAAAACGGCAGACAUGACAAAGAAUCCAAAGGCAUGACAGAGACCAGAAAAAAAAAAAAAAAAACUCCGGUCCGUUCAAGCACCGUUCUUGGCUGCCUGCGCUUAUUGGCUGAGUCGGGUUGGGCGGGAAUGGUGGACAAGGUGAUGACCUCCCUAGGAGAUAUCAGAUCAGAGCGUAAGCACAGAGAUUGCAGUGGCCUGAGCGUGAGGCUUGUUUGUGGAGGCAGCUCUAGUGAGGGGACUGAGCAGGGGGAAUUGGGAUUUGUAACGGAAUCUGAAGGUUUAUGCGAUGAAUGGAGAUACAUGGUAUACUUUGCUGUAGCCUAUAGGUCUUUUGUCAUGGCCCCCUUCUUUGGAAUUCAUCUGUUGUUACAUGAGAUGUCCUACGCGAGGCAACCCAAGAACUUGGCAAGUGUAAUAAAUGAUUAGUACCUAGGCAGUCAUAUAUCCUUAGUGUGAAGCUUUUCGUGUCAUUUAUCAAGCUUAUCUAGCCACUGGGUAUUGAUCCUAGAAGGGGAAAGAUGGAUGAUCCGUAUAUACGGCGCUUCUAAUAAAAGAGGACGAUUCGCCAUACAUAGUAAUCACCACGCGGAUUCGGCGCCUG